AUGACGAGGCUAAAUGCGAAAGCGAACGCCUGCUGCUGCUGCUGCUGCACACCUGGGUCCAAUCCGCUGCUCAGCUUAAAAGCCAGCAGCAAGAUGGCAGCAGCUGCUGUGACGAUGUGGACAAGACGUGGGUGGUGCGUUCAAACGUCUUCAAGCUUGAGGCUGCUGGUCUUGCCGGUCCUGCUGGUCCUGGGACAACACGUCAAAGCUUCUCAGAGCCGCAACGCUAAUGGACCUCUCGCUGGCCUCCGAGGUUCUGUGCUGUCUGGACCUUCUGCUGCUCACUAUGGUCCAAAGUACCCUGCAGGUGUUCCACACAACCUGAAACCCGUACUAAACACCGGAGGUCCUCGUCGGUCCUUUGGUGGAUGGACAGAUGGCUAUGCUCCAGCAGGAAGUGUUCCCUUUUACAGACCUGAUCGGCAGAUGCCGCCCAAACCAACAUGGAUUCUGCAGCGGCAGCGUCAAGGCCGACCCGACACGGUCGACGCCAAAGCCUCCCCUCAACACCGACCAGAAGCUACCAUAGUUUCCAGCGGCGGGAUCCAGAUGGUGGCUGCUCUCAUGCCACAGACGUACAAACCCAAACGGCCACAGCUGCAGAAUUCACGCAGCUUUGAAAGAAGACCGGUUCUGAUGCCACAGAGGUAUGAAAAAGCGGCACGGGGGCUACCAAGGUACGAGCCCAAAUGGCCAAGCAAUUUGGUGGCCCCAGAUGAGUGGAAAAGGAGAUCCAGAGAUGUUUCGUGGUUACCAUGGUGAUGCUCGUUGGCAGGUUGCUUCUGGAUGGUUAAUAAAAGUCCAACUCAUAUCUUGUGUUGUAAUUCCUCAAGCAUACAACUUUAAACGAUCACAUGAUCACAGCAAAUAAAUACAUUGAAGACAAACACUUAUGGUUUUUG